AUGUUUGAAGGAGACCGAGAAUAUACGUACCCAUUUCUAAUGUAUGUUUUCUCUUCUCCCCCUCCUUCCUCCUCCCUCACGAAACUAUCCGCGCUCGUUGCUCCGCCCUGCCCAGCCUCCGUCUACAGCGGCAGCGAGAACUACAUCCGCAUCUCCCGCAAGUACACCAUCACGUGGACUUGUACCUUCAACUUCUUCUACUACCCUUUCAACAUCGACUACUGCUAUAUGGUAUUCCGCUUUAAAAGGAACACAGACAACUACGUAGUGCUUCAGAAGUACGGCCAUGGGAUCCUGUACCAAGAGAGCACCCUCACGGAGUACAGCGUCGGUCGCAUGCACGUCGAGCCGUACGUCAGUCAGGAGCCGUACUCGGGGCUGAGAGUCGUCGUGCAGCUCAAGCACUUGUACGCCUCGGAGGUCCUCACCAUCUUCAUCCCGACGACCGUCAUCAACCUCAUCUCGUAUGCCACCUUCUUCUUCAAGUGGUACGACUUCAACAACUGCGUAAUGGUUUCCCUGACGACCCUCUUGGUCCUCAUGACCCUCUUCUCCCAGGUCUCCGACGCUCUCCCGAAGACUUCGUACUUCAAGCUGGUUGACAUCUGGUUCUUCGCGUCCAUCUUAUUUACCUUCAUCAUCAUCGUGUGCCACACAAUAGUCGAGUACCACCACAAGUACGACCAUGAGAUCGAAGCCGAAGAGAGGGAGCGACUCUUCCUCCGGAUGAACUUCAUCAGCGGAAAGGAAGAGGACAAAAGGAAGCGGUUCGAGUCCCCGCCCGAACCUCACCCUGUCCUCUUGCGGCUCAACCAGUGUCUCCCCUGUUCCGUUCUGCCCGAGGCCGAGGUUUCCCACGUGGACAAAAGGCGGAUCCGAACGGCGACCCAACACGACCCCAACGCCCUCGCGAUGAAGAUCAGUCACUGGUGCAAGUGGCUGACUGUCUUCUUCUAUAUUGUUCUGAAUAUCGCCUUUUGGUCUAUAGCCUUUGAAGAACAGAUUUCGGAGGUUAUCAAAGACGUACAAUUUGUGGAACUUCAGAACUUCUUGGAUGAUGAUGAUUCAGUUACUGGCUAUCCAUAA